CCCGCAGCUCCUUUUAAGCGACGCCCGGGGCAUGCGCUGCUCUGCUCGUACCGCAAAGGAUGGCUCCAGCUUCCGCCUCGCUCGUCCCCGCCGCCAGCUCCAACGCCGGCACCAAGCGUCCCUUCGCCGCAGAAGCCUCCCACGCUACUGAGCUUCCACUGGCACUCCCGCAGGUCCAGGAGAGCGCGGCGGGCAAGAAGAACGGCCAGAGUCAGCAGCAGCAGCAGAAGCUGGAGUGCCCGCGGUGCAGCUCCAGCGACACCAAGCUCUGCUACUACAACAACUACAGCACCACGCAGCCGCGCCACUACUGCCGCGCCUGCCGCCGCUACUGGACGCAAGGCGGCACGCUGCGCAACGUGCCCGUCGGCGGGGCGUGCCGCCGCGGCGGUAGCAGCAAGCGCCGCAGGCCCUCCGCUGAGCCCCAGACGACCUCCUCCGACUCGCCGCAGCCGGACCUGCAGGAGACGCGCGCUCUCUCCGACCACCCGCUCCCAGUCUUCCCGUUCCUCACUGACGGCGGCCCCGUCUUCCUGCCGCAGUUCGAUCUCGGACUCGCCGGGUUCCCCUGGAUACCGGCGGCCACGGAUCACCUCUACGACGGGCUCGCGGCGCCGUGGGGUGGCUGCGACCGGGCGCUCUCCCUCACCGGCGCGUGGGACUGUUAGAUUGUAUAGUUCCCGUAUAUGUGUACGUAUAAUGUAAUAUUGUAUCCCUUCAUUAUAUAUAUAUGUGAUAGGCCAUCCCUAAUAGGUUGUGCCGGUUCCUCCAAA